ACGAACUUGAAUGUAUUGCGAAAUUUGCAAUUUAUCGAUUCAUCAAAAGGAAAUCUGUCACUAUAUAAACAUUGAUGCGUAUGAUUACAAGUUUACUCUGUUUGAACCAUCAACGGAUCUACACAACCUAGCAUUAAAACAUAAACAAUAAUGGCUACUAACAAAGAAUCGAUAGCUGAAAAUGAUUCAAAAUGUUCAAUAUGUAAAUUUAUCUUUUGGUAUCCAAGAAUAUUGCCAUGUAAGCACUCGUUUUGCCACGUUUGUUUGUGUGGGGUCAUUAAACGAAACGAGGGAUCGUCGGCGUUCCUUUGUCCUCUCUGCCAGGCUUCUACCAAUACUGACGCACCUAUAAGUACUGAAAGUACAGAAAUACUGGUAACUAAAUUCCGUGUGAAUGUUGCGCUGCAAUCCCCUUUGGAAAGAAGGUGUGUAUGUCGCGUGUGCAAAACUGAUAUCAAAGAUGUGAUUGCGACGCUAUACUGUAUGAACUGUUGCGAACACAUGUGUUCAGUUUGUGGAGAAAUUCACACAAAGUACAAACAGAUGGCAAAUCAUCUGUUAUGCCGAUCAAAAGAUGCACCUCCACCCAAUGUAAGGAAUUUGUUACAAGAACUGCGUUUCUGCCCAAGUCAUGGAACGGAAAAUUUAGAAUAUAUUUGCUACGACCAUGACCAACCAUGUUGUAAUAAAUGCGCUAUAACAUCACAUCGAAAAUGUGAGAAAGUAAUGCUUAUAAGUGACGUCAUAAAAUCAGAUAAAUCCUAUGAAGCGAGUGUUAAAGAAUGGAAAGAAAUGAUAGACAACGCUUUAAAACGUGUUUCCGCUCUAUGUAGCCACCUAAAAAAAGAGCCGUCACGUAUUUCCAAUAGGCAUGAAAAUAUUAAAACACAGCUAAACGAAAUAAAAUCAGCAGUAAACCAAGAACUAGAAAGUCUAAGAAAGACAGUAGAGAGGGCGUUUACGGAGGAAAAAUCUAAAAUUCUAACGUCGACAGACGAAUCACUUAGAGAUGCAACUGCAAAAAUGACCGAUAUCCAGCACAAGAAGGAAGAGCUUGAGUGUGUUCUUUCUAAUGGUGACGACGUGCAAAAAUACUUGUAUAUGCGUAAUCAGCCAAAAUGUGUUGAUGCUGACGCGGCUUGGCAAACUGUAUUUACGCAAAAACGCAUAAUUCUUCACAAUCGCUCAUGCUUAUCAAGAUGUAAAGACAAACAAACUCUUUUAGAUUGUGUACUUGCUGAUAUAAAAAGCCUUGUCGAAGUCAAACAAGAGAUAUGCAAAUAACUCCGUAGAUUUAUGUAUUGAAACUGUUUGGUUCAAAGUCGUAACACAGAUAAUUCUAACAAUAUUGUAACAUCAGAAUAAUGUUUGACAAGCAAUUUUUUUAAUGUUAAGUUGGUGUAGUUUUUUGUUUAUUUAAAAUAGACUAAACGUUUAAAAUCACAAAGAUUCUUUUGUUUCGAAUCAUACGUCAUACAUCACGUGUAGGCCUUCACGUUUUCCCUUUCCUUUUAAAUAAUGAUUUUUUUAUCAUACGACGAUGAUUUAAUGAUCGCUUUUAGGAUAUCUAUGAAUGGCGUAAUUGUUUACGUGUUAUGCGUAAACUAUGUUAAGAAUUUUUUUACUAUGGGUUGAGAAAUUAUUAAUGAUAAAGGCUUUACACACACUAGUUAACUUUUGGUGCAAAACGAUAAAUUGUGACACAUAUAUAAUGUUUUCUAUACAUGACUUGAUUUGUAAAUUUGAAAGUGAGGGUUUGAGGUCAUGCAUUUCGCGGUUAAAUUUCCCGGAAUUCUUCCGAUUUAUUUUUAUUUAUUACAAUACGCUCCGACAAUAAUUAUUCCAGGGAAGCAACAUGUAAUUGUCUGGUUUGUCUUUAGAAAAAAGCGACAUGUAAUGUUGUAAUGCAUGCUUUAUUGAAUUUUAUUUUAUUUGUGGUAUUUCAGAGCGGAAUUCAACAUAGCUUCUAACAGUCAUCACUAUUGUUCGAAAAUAAUAUAAUAUAAUAAUUGUGCAGUACAUUUUUGUAGUCUCAAAAAUACAGAAAGGCUUGCCAUUAAACUGCGUUCUAUAACUUAAACGAAUAUAUCAGGAGAAUGAUGAGAACUUUAGUAUUCCAAGGUCGAUUCAUUUUUUAUAUUUGUUUUUAGUUUAGAUGCAAAGUUUUUAGAUUGGGAUUUAAAUUGUAUAAAUGUUUUACAUUGUGAAUUAAUCAAUUUUAUGAACGAAAGUUGUGAAUUUUGUUAAUUUAAUUUACAUCUACUAAAAUUUGUUUACAUGUUUUUUCCUCUUUUUCACGUACAUGAGUAACUGAAUUGCAUCAAUAAAACAGUUCUGUAGUAGCUGCACAGUUGGUUUUGUAGUAUCAUGAUUGGAGAUAUAUGCUUCGCUUCUUGAUCGCAUCUGUCGUAGAGAGUAUGUAUUGUUCGAUAAAUAUGUUCAUGUAUGUAAUUAAAUUUUCUACUUUGUGUACACUAUGUGUGUUGAAAUGUUACAGUGAUUAAAUUUACUUUUAUAUAUAGACCUAAUAUUGUCGCAAAUUAUAGACGUGCUCUGUGUGUUGAGUAAUAAUUCGAAAUACACCUCCCAUCGCUGACAACAAAUACUAUAUGGGAUCAAUUGAACUGUAUUUUAAAAUAUUAAAAUAGUGUACGAAUUUAAAUGCAAAUAAUUGUGAAUGUAUAAAAUGUACUUUUCCCAUCCGAUUCAACGUUUUAUUUUUUCUUAAUUAUGUUAUAUAUGUGUUUUCAUGUUCACAAUGUAUCUUAAAUAUGUGCACGGAAUUUGUAUAUUUAGAUCAUGUAUUCAGUACAGAAUAAAUAAUAUCACCUUCUCA